AUGCCAAUACACAUCGAUACUCCAGAGCGUCUACGCCCAGAGCUCGAGGUUAUUCGAGACUCUUUUAAUCAAGCGAUAAAAGCGUUGAGACCACCGUUCUCUCGCGUUGCAACCGCCAAUACCCCAGGGAUAGACGGAUCAGCGAUUAAAACGAGCCUGGAAGAAUUGCAAAGUCUGUGGAACGGACGACAAAUGAACUACUAUUGGAUUUCAAUGUGGUCCAUGGUCAAGAUGAUCAUCAUCCAAAAGAUAUCUGAGGAGAAGGCCGAGAGAGCACUGGACGAAAUCACGAUCAUCAUAAGGGUGUCGGAAAUUCUACUCCGUUUUUGGAAAAAUCCUGAGAAUCUAUCCCAUGUUGAGUUUUUCUAUCUACUCACGUGGAUUUCCAAGGGCCUUGACAAAGAUGAAUCGACGUGGUCUACUAUCAACGAGGAUGAAUGGUUUAGCAUGGUUUCUCGCAGCUUCCAGGAUAUCAAAGCAUACAUUGCUCGGCAGCCUUUCGGUCUCCCUCAAGCUAUAACCCCUAUGGAUCGAUUAUCCCUGCACUAUAUCGUUCCGGAGACAAAGGCAAUCCUCGAAGAGGUUAUUCCGAAGUUAGUUCACUUCAUGUACCAAGACAAUCUCAUACAAGAAGAUUUGGCUCGCGAGAUCUUCGGUUUACGUCUUCUUCCAGCGCCAAUUUGCGCGGAGGACAUACUAAAAGCGGCCGGGCGCCGGGCCAAGAUGACUGACCCGCACCUGAAGGACGUCGUAGGGUCAGCGAUCGUUCGGGGCUGGAUUCAAAAAGAAAUUGCAUCAAAUCCAGAUCCAGUCAGAAUUCUUAAGCUGACCCAGAUUCGGGUUCAAAAUCUUUGCAACACACUACAAGAUGACGUCAUGUUAUCAAGUGAGUAA